GCUAUCAGUUCUACGACUGCGUACAACUGGACCACAACUAUACUCAUUACUCACCAACACUAUGAGGAAAACGAAAAAAAGAACAACAAAUUGUAUCAUGCGUGUCUCUGCAAUAUAAUAUUGUGUUCUGGCCAUAAUAUUAUAUUAUGUUGAAUGUUAUACGAUUAUUAAUUAUUCGCAAUUUGAACUACGUGCAAAACAUCGUCGUGAUUGUUCGUACCGUUUAAAAAUGCUUGUAGUUGCCGACCUUUGCCUAGUAGAAAAAUCCUAUUAGAAUAUCGAUUGCGCACACAAGCGUUGUGACUGAAAGCGAGAACCUAUCGUAUUACUUACUCGUACCCGCACAUACAAGCACACAUAGUCAAAAUGAUGGUCAGACCGGAUCCAAUGAACAUGGUCAAUCGUGUGCGCCGGACCCUGAACAACGCGAUCAGGGAUGAGAACUUCUACAUGGCUCAUCAAUUGUACAAGUCGCUCUAUUCCAGAUACAUAAGCAUGCAUAACAAAGAUGCUGCUAUAAUGACACUUCAGGAAGGAAUUAUUGUCUUGUACGAUAAUCAUCAAGUUGGAAUUGCUACCGAUUUAGCACAACUAUUUGCAAAAUCCUUGUCAGCGCAGCAUAUCAUUCCUUCUGAACAAAUGUUUGAUUUCAUAAGAGAUAUAUUCAGAAAAUUUGGUCCGUCACUAUCUGCAGAACGAGAUUCCAUGUUGAAUCCAAUCAUACAGUGGACAAUUGAACAUUGUCCAGAAUACUCAAUGGGACACCCAGGUUUACAUAAACGUAUAGGAUAUAUCUAUUGGUCAGAGGCUAACUUUGAGUUAGCACAGCAUCAUUAUUUGAGAUCAACAGAUGGUUUGGCAUUUGCAGCUAUGUUGGUAGAAAUGCAUAAAACACGAGGAUUAAAAUAUGAAGUUGAUUUAUUUAUAACACAAGUUGUACUGCAAGGGUUGUGUAUGCGUAACAUAUCAAUUGCACAGUCAACAUUUCAGUCAUAUACUAAGUUACAUCCUGCUAUAAAUGAUGAACCCCCAUACAUUUUGCCUUUACUCAAUUUCAUUUGUUAUUUACUAAAAAUAUUAGAUGGUGGAAAGCUAAAAACUUAUAUAGUACUUUGUGAGCAAUAUCAAUCAUCUUUGACCAGGGAUCCGAGCUAUACUGAAUAUUUGGAUAAAAUUGGGCAACUAUUCUUCCACGUCAAGCCAUUUGAAAGGAGACCUAGACAACAACAUGGAUUUUUAGGUAAUUUGAUCAGUACACUAAUGGGUGACUGUGAUCAUGAUGGAGAACCACGUGCAUCAUCAUCGCGUCCGAUAAAUGUAGAACCUCUUGAUUAACUCACGUUGAUUUAAUAAAAAAUAAAUACUUUUCAAAAAAACACUGGGUUUUUAAUUUGUAUUAAAAAAAAAUUAAUUUAAACUAAAUAUAAUAUAUAGAAAUUUAUUUCUGUUUUAAUAAUUAUUAUUGUUAUUAUAUUUUUGAAAUGCGACUUGAAAAACCCAUAAUAAUAUAAUAUAUAAAAAAAACAUCAUUUUAUAUUUCAUUGCUGUAUUAAACUUAAUAGUGUAUAUAUAACUAAUGUAUACUUAUUGUUUUGUUUAAUUUAACAUAAUCUGCAAUCAUUUGAAAUUUUAACUUUUGGUUUUUGCUUAUCUUUAAGGAUAGCUACAAUUAUAGUUCUUUAAUAAAUUUACACUAAAAAUUUAAAUACUUAUGUAUUAAAAUAUAGUUUAUUAAAUGUUUUUUAGUAUGUAUUUAUAAAUCUAUUUUAAAACUUUUACUAAAAUCAUACUAUGUGUACAUACUUAUAAAUAAAUACUUAUUAUAUAUAAUAUAUGUAACAGUGUCUGUGUAUGCAUAUAUAUGUA